UACCACAGUGUCUCUGUUUCGCUCGGUUUUCGGGGUGACAAGACAGCUUCUGUUUCGCAAAGGUUCAGAGUUUUCAGUCAAUGGUGGGUGGGUGCUUCCAGAUUCGGACUCAAAGAGUUUCUUUUCUUUCGCGCUCUCACACCAACACAUUACUAGGUUGUUCACUCGUCCAAGUUAACUCUACACCUUAAAUACUCACAACUCACCCCACUUAACGCGUCUUUCUCUUCUCUCCUUCUCCUUCUUUGGCACUAUGGCUAGGAGCUGGCUUAUUGACAUUAGAGGAUUUGCAAAGAAAGUGAAAGAUACUACUCUGUCAACAGAUGAUCAAAUGAAGGACUGUGGAACAUACAGCGAAUGCCCGAAAUGUCAUUAUCAUAUUGAUAACAGUAAUGUUUCUCAUGAGUGGCCUGGCUUUCCUGUUGGUGUAAAGUUUGAUCCUUCUGAUGUUGAGCUUUUAGAGCAUUUAGCAGCAAAGUGCUGUAUUGGAAACAGAGAGCCACACAUGUUUAUUCAUCAGUUCAUCCCAACUCUAGAAGGAGAGCAAGGUAUUUGCUACACUCAUCCACAAAAUCUUCCAGGUGCUAAGACGGAUGGGAGUAGUGUCCAUUUCUUUCACAAAACAGCUAAUGCAUAUGCUACUGGACGAAGGAAGCGUCGAAAGAUUCAUCAUCAAGAUGGUUUGACUGAGGAGCAUGUACGCUGGCACAAGACUGGUAGGACCAAAGCUGUGACAGAAGAUGGAGUGCAUAAGGGUUUUAAGAAGAUCAUGGUUCUUUAUAUAAGAUCUAAGAAAGGGACCAAGCCAUAUAAAACCAAUUGGGUGAUGCAUCAGUACCAUCUAGGGAGUGAAGUUGAGAAGGAUGGUGAAUAUGUGGUUUCAAAAAUAUUUUAUCAACAGCAUAAGCAGAAUGAGAAGAAUGAGGAGAAUACAAUGGUUGAAGAUUCUAACGUAGCAGCACAAGCAGGUCCAAGAACCCCAAAACCAAAUCCCCCUACUCGACCUUGUACAGCCAAAUGUGAUGACAAUUUUGAUGAAAAUGAACUUCUGCCAUUCAUCCAGGAUGCCAGGCCUAUACCUGGAGAAUCACAUGCACCACCAUCUAAUGUUCAAGAUGAGGACCCUGCAUGGUUGGCUGGUGAAUCACAAGCUGACUGUGACUUCGAUGGCUUGGAAGACAUAUUAUUAUGCAAGGAGAUGUUACAAUCAUCUGCUCUCCUAAAUCAUUCUGGAUUGACCUCCACUUUUAAUGGCGAUGCAAAGGCGAACAAGUUGGUUGCACCUGGAAACAAUAAUGAUUAUGGAUCUCAUGGAGUUUCUGUCCUGGACACACUGGAAUUGGAUACUCCUCCAGACUUUGAUCUUUCUAAUUUACAAUUUGGUUCUCAAGACAGCACCCUUCAGUGGAUUGACACACCAUAAGGUGCUUGUUUGCUUUAUAGCAACUUCUAGUUGGUACUGAUGCUUAAUCCCUAAGUGUUGCAAUAAUUUUGUUUAUUCCUACAUGCGAAGAUAGUAUAAAGCUCGAUCAGGUUGUAAUCAUGUGGUGCUUACAAGCACAAACUUUAUGGCUGUGUCAGGUUUCUGGAUUAUUAUAACUUGUAUGUAUAUGUUGUCAUAAACUAUUAAGGUGAAUCUGGAACCUGUGCACUCUUUUAUGUGAGCAGUAUUUGUGAGAGUGGAGUGGAAAUCGAACAGUUUACUAACAUACAAACAAUUGAAUAAUUUGUUUUUCAAGUCAAUUGGUUGUAUGUAAGAAUUAUUUUUAUUUAAAGUUGUUCAAACGUU